AUGGCUGAUGUGGAUUCUCUCAACUGUACCAAUGAGCCUGUAGUAAAGGUGACAGAUCAAGACAAUCGAACCAAGGAAGAAUCAGAAGCAAAUGAACUGAAGGUGACUACUGCUAAACCAAAGGCUUCCGCUAUCAGAAAGAGCAGAGGAGGCUGGACUUAUGCAAGUCUCUUGCUAGUGAAUCAAGGGCUAGCAACACUUGCUUUCUUUGGUGUUGGUGUGAAUUUAGUUUUGUUCUUGACCAGAGUUCUUGAUCAAGAGAAUGCCGAUGCUGCAAACAGUGUGAGCAAGUGGACUGGUACUGUUUAUUUGUGCUCCCUAAUUGGUGCAUUUCUCAGUGACUCUUAUUGGGGCCGCUACUUAACAUGUGCAGUCUUUCAGCUCAUCUUUGUACUGGGAUUGGUGCUAUUAUCACUGACAUCAUGGCUCUUCUUGUUCCAUCCUUCUGGUUGUGGAGAUGAAGAACUAGUAUGCUCACCCACAUCAUCAAUUGGAGUUGCUAUCUUUUACCUAUCAAUCUAUUUAGUUGCAUUGGGGUAUGGUGGAUACCAACCUACAAUAGCAACCUUUGGAUCAGACCAAUUUGAUGAGGCUGACCAUAAGGAAGCAGCUUCAAAAGCAGCUUUCUUUUCCUAUUUCUACUUUGCACUCAAUCUUGGGUCUCUUUUCUCGAACACCAUAUUGGUUUUUUAUGAGGAUACAGGCAGAUGGACUCUUGGGUUUGUGGUGUCACUGGGAUCUGCUGUCUUGGCCCUCUUGUUAUUUUUGUUGGGGACACCAGGGUAUAGGUACCUCAAACCAUGUGGAAACCCUUUGCCGCGAGUCGCUCAGGUAUUUGUGGCUACUGCUAGAAAAUGGGAUGUCGUUCCGUCAAUCUCAGGGGACUUGUAUGAAGUGGAAGGACCAGAAUCUGCCAUCAAAGGAAGCAGAAAGAUUUUUCACAGUAAUGAGAUUGCGUUCUUGGAUAAGGCAGCCACAAUAACAAAUCAUGAUCUAUGUGGUCCAAAUGAUCCAUGGAAGCUAUGCACUGUGACUCAAGUUGAAGAAGCUAAAUGUGUUCUGAAAAUGCUACCCAUUUGGCUUUGUACCAUAAUUUACUCGGUUAUCUUCACACAAAUGGCCUCCCUUUUUGUAGAACAAGGUGAUGUGAUGAAAUCUCACAUUGGAAGUUUUCACCUCCCAGCUGCUAGCAUGUCUGCUUUCGACAUAUGCAGUGUUCUAAUCUGCACUGGUAUCUAUCGCCAAGUUCUCGUGCCUUUGGCCGGAAAGCUAACCGGAAACCCUAAAGGCUUAACUGAGCUUCAGCGAAUGGGAAUCGGGCUCCUUAUCGGAAUGUUAUCAAUGGUUGCAGCUGGUGCCACAGAAAUUGCAAGGCUCAAAUAUGUGGUCCGUGGUGAGAAGAUAAGCUCUCUAAGCAUCUUUUGGCAAGUUCCACAGUAUGUUCUUGUUGGUGCUUCUGAAGUCUUUAUGUAUGUGGGUCAACUUGAAUUCUUCAAUGGUCAGGCCCCAGAUGGAAUCAAAAGCUUUGGAAGUUCAUUGUGCAUGGCUUCAAUUUCUCUUGGGAAUUAUGUAAGCAGCUUGCUAGUUAUAAUGGUGAUGGGAAUUACAGCUAGAGGUAAAAACCCAGGAUGGAUCCCAGAUGAUCUAAAUACAGGUCAUAUGGAUAGGUUCUAUUUCCUACUUGCAGUACUUGCAGCUUUCGACUUUGUGAUUUAUGUGUAUCUUGCAAAGUGGUACAAGUGCAUUAACCUCCAAGACUCUGAUGAUAAGGAAGUUCAAAUCAUUGAAAGCCAAGAAGAUGCGGUGCUCAAAAAAAUUUAG